UUGUCAAAAAUUUAUACAAUUAUAAUGUGUUUUAUUGAUCUUUAUUAAUAAUGUGCUACUUAAAAUCGAUAUAUGUUUUAUUAAAUUAUUGUUAACUCACUUUAUGGAACAUUACUUUCCGGCCCAUUCGCCCCUGUUCUGAAAGUAGAGUCUUUGCACAUCACUGAGGUUAAUUUAGAAUCGACAUCGAUGGUCACAGUGUAUAUCACACUGCAAACACACGUUUAUGCUUUAUUUGCUAGGUUGAACAGAAGCUGACGUCAACACUACAGCUAGAGAUCACGUGGCGGGAUGUUAGUCUUGCCUGGGAGCCCGAAAAGCGCAACGAUAUCGUAAUGGUGUUCCUUCCCCAGAACGACAUCUGGAAGCCGGAUAUCGCCAUCAUGAACGGCUUCGAGAAGAUCACGCAAAUGGGUUCAUCGUUCAUGUACGUGAAUGUCAACUACAACGGUUCGUGCUUAUGGAGACCGUAUCAGAUAAUUGAGACCACGUGCCAAGUUGACAUGACGCAUUUCCCCUACGAUCGACAGACGUGCGCCUUGCAGUUUGGAACAUGGGGUAGCUCAGGUACCGUAAAAACAGCCUUCGGCGAGAACGGCUUACAAAAACACCACAACUUUCAGGAUAACGCAGAAUGGAGUUUGGUAUCGCUGGGCGUAGAUAACUCCAGCACAUACCAGGCUGGAACCGUGAAAUUUCAUUUGUUGAUAGAACGCAAUUCUAGAUUUAUUACGUUUUACAUGACCAUUCCAACCGUCAUGCUUGCAUUUCUGAAUGUCUUCACCUUUAUUAUUCCCGUGGAAACAGGGGAAAAAUCUGGAUUCAGUAUGACGAUCUUUCUCUCGUUCGUCGUUGUCUUAAUUGUCGUAAACGAUUACAUGCCAGACAACUCUGACAACAUUUCUCUCUACGCCGCUUAUUCUUUGACGAUGACAUUUUUCAGCGCCAUAGUGGUAAUGCUAACAGUCCUCCAAAUCAGGGCAGCAAGUUUUGUGACUAAACGCUACCCCAUCAGCAAUCGCACUCAUCGGUUUGUGCGAAAGAUGUUUGCAAUCAGGAAUAAGAUUUUUAGGAUUAAAGAUACUCCUGAACAAGAAUUUCAAGAAGAGAAUGAUUUGGUUGACACUGAAACUAAGACUGAGGAACUUGAACCAGAGGAAGUUAAGGAUCGGUUAAAGGUGCCGAUGUACCCGCAGUAUGAUUACAUAUAUAUGGCUGGUGAAAACGACGUAUUGUUUCGAAAGGAGCUUACAGCUUCCUCGAUACAAUUUGAAAGGAACUCUUUGGUGAAGGGAAGAGAAACGACAAUUACAACUGACCGGGCACAUUCGAUAGACGUUCAGACACAAAUUACAACAAGAGACGAAACCAGAGUACUAAAUGGGUUUGUAGGGAAAAGUGAUGAAGAAAAUCAACAAAAACUUCACGACAGGGUCAAACGCGUAAGAUUUCCGAAUGAGUCAAAUGUUCGUCAUGUUGUUGAAGCAGAAAUAUAUACUUCAAAUACUGAACAUGACUCUGACGUUGAGAGCGAUGGUAGUCAUGAAUCUCUAGAGAGCGAGGAUUUAGAUGUAACCAAUGCGGAUGAAUCUGAUGAAAACGCUGAUAAAGAGAAUGAUGAAGAUUAUCAAAGUGCUUUAGCUGUUAGUAUUGUUAAAUACAAUCAAAAUAAUCAGGGCAGGUCCAUUAACGACGAUUGCAAGCAAGACCAACCUGGAAACAUCGACAUAAAGAAUCACCAAAGCUCAAGAGCACUCUCACCUAUGGUAGAAAGAAAUGUCCAACACGAGGCUAUUCUAUCAGAAACUAUUGCAGGCGACAAUAUUUCGGAAGAUUUUUACGAGAAGACAAAUAAUAUUAAAGUUGUUGCGGAGGCGGAAUUUGGAAGUCGCAUUUCCAUUCAUGAUGAUAAUAAGGAAACUUGUCUUAAAUACAACGGUAUGAUCGCUAUAGCUGACGACACACAGCCAAAUAAACACGAAUUUGGGAAAACCGAGGAAAUAACCGUUAGUCACACCAAUAUUAUUAAUAAAGAUGACGAUUCUGACAUGGAAAUGGUUAGAGAGUUUUGCAAUAGCAGCCCCACUGACGAACCAUCAGCUACCACUCCAGUAAAUGGUCAAAACUCUGCCUUAAAGAAAAUCAAUCGGUCCGUCUCGUUUAUGGAAAAACGGAUUCGACCAGUAACGCCCAACAGAACUAUUUCCGAGGCAAGCAACAGACCAAUAUCUCGAAAUGAAAGCCGCGCGAGCGCAAGAAGGUUAAACUCUAGCAACUUAGGAGGAAGAGUAGCAUUUACGGGAACCAAGUCGACAGGCAUCGAUACUAAAACAGCAUCUUUGUCGACAAAAUCAAUACUGGUGAAGCGACCACAAUCAGCGGUGUCAGAGAUCUGGAGAAUUUCAGACGUAGCAGUCCCGAAACCGUAUACUAAGGAGGAACUUAAAAGUUAUCUUGAGGACAGGGAAAGUCUCAGCAUUUGCAGCACCCCUGAGCCUGAGGAUAGUCUGGCAGGGGAUGGCAUUGAGCCUGUAGAGUGGCCGGACAUUGUCCAGUGCUCCGACAUGAUUUUGUUUGUCAUCUUCUUGGUUAUUACUCUUAUCGUCACAUUGGUUUUCUUUAUUAUAAUGAUAGCAGGCUCCUAAAAAGUGCGAACAUUCUUUCACUGAGAUUUAUAUAAUAACUAUUUAAUAAUCAGGAUGCCAUUGUUUGGAUGUGUAUACAGUUUAUUCUUUAUAUUUAUGGGAUUUAAUGAAUGUAACAAUUUAAAACACGUUUGCUCAUUUGGAAAUGUCGAUGUUGGUGAAUGAGCUGGUUCUGAAAGCAAGUGAAAGUAAAUAAUAAAUGGACUUACCGUUGAAGGAUUGCUUGACGUUAUUAUGAAACAUGUAAUAUGUUAGACAUUAAUUUCUUGUUCUGUGUUUGUAUUGAUGUCGUGCUCAAAUUGGAUGAGAUGGUUUGUUUAAUCUGUGUUAUUUAUGCAUGCAAGCGUAUUUGCACGUUCGAAAUACCUAUUGUGAACUCGUCAAUUCUCGAUUACAGCGUUUACUGUAGUUGACCCGCGUCAUGCGAAAAUGGGUUUAACGACAUAUGCGACAAGCAGUGCUUUUGCGUAUUCUGGUAUGGAGCUACCGUGUCCGCUAAUGAAACCAGAGAAUUUUGCUGGUCUACAGUUGCGCUGAAUGCAUAUAACUUAAGACCCGUUUUCGCAAGACCCGUUCCAUUAGUUAUUACGUAGUAUUAUUGCGUUAUCCAUAUGGACAAUUGACGAUGGCUAAUGACAGUAGCAUUUUCCAUUUUUACCAUUAUACUAUAUUUUCUACAUAUAGCUCCAUCAUAAAGUGUGACUAAAAUAUUUAAGCAUAAGACGUCUUUUUCAAUAAAGAUAUUAUAUAAAUAUUGACAUUAAUGGCUAAACAAAAUAAUGAAAAGUUUGAUUUUCCUAAUAUAUACUGUGCCGUCCAUACUACCUUUUUUAAUUGCUCAGUCUUGUUUGCUUUGAUAUGGACAUCCUAAAUGAUGGAAACAUAUAUGUUUUUAUUCCUAGUUUUACUAUUAUGUAUCUUAUAGAAUGUUUUGAUACAGUCGGGACUUUUGCAGGCCAAAAUUUCUAUCGCGAUAGCCAAAAUAACUUUCAAUUUUAUAUUUGAAAAGUCAUGAACAAUCAAGAUAAAAUUUAAAUACUUGUGAGCAAGUUCAUUAGAAAUCAAUUAUUUUUAUUUUAGAGAUUCUGCCUUAAUAAAUAUGUUAUUGGUGAAAAAAGUG